AUAAACAGGCCUCCACAAGUGGAAAAACAUUUAACCCCUGUACUUGUCACACUCUGGGUCCUCAGUAGCUGGAGAACUGAAAGAAAAUCUGUACAUGAGCAAAGGGUGACACUGAGGGUGCAGCACCGACCUGAAGGCACCUCAUCAGUGGGAGCCUGAAAUCUGAAGAUUCUAUUUCCUGCCGGAGACUCCAAACCAAACAAGUAGAAAAAAACUACCCAAGAUGACUGUCACUUACUCCAGUAAAGUAGCAAAUGCGACUUUUUUUGGAUUUCAUAGGUUACUCUUCAAGUGGAGAGGCAGCAUCUACAAACUACUGUACAGGGAAUUUAUUGUUUUCGCUGUUCUUUACACAGCAAUAAGUUUGGUGUACAGAUUGUUACUUACAGGAGCCCAAAAACGUUACUUUGAAAAAUUAUCAAUUUACUGUGACAGAUAUGCUGAACAAAUUCCAGUAACCUUUGUGCUUGGGUUUUAUGUUACUCUAGUAGUGAACCGAUGGUGGAACCAGUUUGUGAAUCUGCCCUGGCCAGACAGGCUGAUGUUCCUCAUCUCCAGCAGUGUUCAUGGAAGCGACGAGCAUGGGCGCCUGCUCCGAAGGACGUUGAUGCGCUAUGUAAAUCUCACCUCCCUGCUCAUCUUCCGCUCGGUGAGCACCGCUGUGUACAAAAGGUUUCCGACAAUGGACCACGUGGUUGAAGCAGGCUUUAUGACAGCAGAUGAAAGGAAAUUAUUCAACCACCUCAAAUCUCCUCAUCUGAAAUACUGGGUUCCAUUCAUCUGGUUUGGAAAUCUCGCCACCAAAGCCCGGAAUGAAGGUAGAAUCAGAGACAGUGUCGAUCUGCAGUCACUGAUGACUGAGAUGAAUCGAUACCGCUCCUGGUGCAGCCUCUUAUUCGGUUAUGACUGGGUUGGGAUUCCGCUGGUUUACACCCAGGUUGUCACUCUUGCUGUCUACACCUUCUUCUUUACGUGCCUGAUUGGACGCCAGUUUUUGGAUCCCACCAAAGGCUAUGCAGGGCAUGACUUGGAUCUUUACAUUCCUAUCUUCACUCUCCUCCAAUUCUUCUUCUAUGCAGGAUGGCUCAAGGUUGCUGAGCAGCUUAUCAAUCCUUUUGGAGAAGAUGAUGAUGAUUUUGAAACUAACUGGUGCAUUGAUCGGAAUUUGCAGGUCUCUCUUCUAGCUGUGGAUGAAAUGCACAUGAGCUUGCCCAAGAUGAAGAAGGACAUUUACUGGAAUGAUUCUGCCGCUCGACCCCCAUACACGCUGGCAGCUGCUGACUACUGCAUACCCUCAUUUCUGGGUUCAACAGUCCAGAUGGGGCUGUCUGGGUCUGACUUUCCGGGCGAGGAGUGGCUGUGGGAUUAUGAGAAGCACGUCCACCGGCAUUCCGUGAUAAGAAGAGUCAAGCGCUUCCUGAGUGCCCACGAGCACCCCUCCAGUCCCAGGAGGAGAAGCUACAGGAGGCAGACCAGUGAUAGCUCCAUGUUCUUCCCCCGCGGUGACCUCGGCCCAGCCAGGGAUCUUCUGAACGUACCCUCGAGAAACCCCCACAGGGCCUCGCCCACCUGGGAGCAAUCCUGCUCCCUAAAAGUGAGCCCCAAGCUGCAUUCCAGCCUGGGAGAACUGUCCACAAUCAGGGAGACCAGCCAGACAAGCACUUUACAGAACCUGACCCCACAGUCCAGUGUGAGGGCCUCCCCCAUCAAAAUGCCCCAGGUUCCUGAAGUAUUGAUCACAGCAGCCGAAGCGCCAGUACCCACGUCCGACAGUUACCACCAUGACUCCACUACCUCUAUCCUGAACUCUGAGUUUACUGGGGUUCAGCCAAGUGGGACCGGGCAGCAGGAGGGCUUGGCAGGAUCGAUCCUGUUCCCCUCAGAGAAGGGGACACCUCCUAGGGGGCCCAGACUCCAAACUGCUUCAGCCAGUACUGAGAGAAACAUACUGAAGUAUGAAGGAGACCCUACUGAUGCAGACAGGUUUCUGAAAAGGUGGAGUCUCCCAGAGUUCCUAAGAUCCAGCCACACCUCCCUGGGAAACCAAGGUCCGUCCUCUGCGAGUGCUGAGCCAGCUCUGUUAGUUGACACAGAAACUUCCUCAGAGACCAGUAGAACCAACAUUGCAGCUGGCCUUCGAGUCUCUCCUGAGAUGCUGUAUUUAAUAGAAAGCCUGGACACCAAGGAAACAGACAUCAUCGAACUGAACAGUGAGGAAACUGAGGAGUUGCCCAAAGGAGUGCCUCAGAGCUCCAGGACCUGCUUCUAGCCCAGACCCUUACCUUCCCAAAAGUUCAACGUUUGUCCCAAAAUAUACUUCAGGGUUGAUCAGAUUUUUUAAGAACAAUCAUACUGUAUAAGCUACUUCGAACUUUGAAGGGCAUUAUGAUCCUGGCUCUUGGAGAACUGUGAAAAUCAAACACAUUCAUGUCAACCCUCACAAAGUGGCAUUCAUAAAAGUUGCACAAACCACAGUGAUGCAUUUUAACCAAACAAGGAGCCUU